UAUCAUUACUGUUCCUCACUAUCUGAGCACGUGGAAUGGAGUUACUAUGGUAACAGGGUGUCAACAUCAAGUAGUUGUGUUUUCAUGUGGCCACUGCUAGCUAACCCGUCAGCAAUCCUACAUCCUAUCAACAAUGGCUGAAAUGUCUGCUAUGAAUAGAAAAUUGAUUCAGAAUCUCGCGGAAACUCUUUCUAAACAAGUCAAACACUUUAACAAAACAGAAGCAGAGUGUCUGAUCCGACUGUUCAAUGGUCUCCUGGGGGAUCAGAGUGACAGGAGGGUAGGGAAUGGACUGGACAGAGGAAAAUUCAGGAAUAUUCUACACAACACCUUUGGAAUGACUGAUGAUAUGAUUAUGGAUAGAGUAUUUCGUGCGUUCGACAAAGACAACGACAGCUACGUCAGUGUGAAAGAGUGGAUCGAGGGACUAUCAAUCUUUCUCCGUGGAACAUUGGAUGAAAAAAUUAAGUACUGCUUCGAUGUGUAUGACUUGAAUGGAGAUGGGUACAUUUCCCGGGAAGAGAUGUUCCACAUGCUGAAGAACAGCCUGAUCAGACAGCCCACAGAGGAGGACCCAGACGAGGGCAUCAAAGACCUGGUGGAGAUUACACUCAAGAAGAUGGACCAUGACCACGACAGCAGACUGUCCUAUGCAGACUUUGAAAAGGCAGUGAGAGAUGAGAAUCUAUUGCUUGAAGCUUUUGGAACCUGCCUUCCCGAUGCCAAGAGCAUAUUGGCAUUUGAGCAGCAUGCAUUCCAGGAUACACUUGAGCAUUAAGGACAACACUACUUUAUUCAUUUUCAUGAAACUGCAUAUAUAUAUAUAAAAAUAUAUAUA